CGCCUGCUCUGAGCUCGGCUGGGCAGCGCCGGACAGACGGGCGCGCCCCGGGCCUGAGCGAGGCACGGUCGUCCAGACUGGCUCUGCGCCCGGCGGCGGGGACAGUCCCCUCGGUCUCCGCCCGGCAGCCGUGCGCCGCCUCCGCUCUUUGCAUAGUAAUUUCGGCUCCCCGAACGCACCGAGCUCGCUCCGGGACCGGGCUGAAAACCACCGCGGCUCGCGGGUCGCCAGGGGCCAUCCGUGUGGCACCGAGCGCCCGAGAGCCCGUGCCUGGGACAUGCGACGGGAAGCCCCAGCCCCAGCGCAGGCAGCGGCCCCGCCGCGCCGCGGGGAGCCGGGCGACAGCAGGCUGGAUCUCCAGAAGAACCGUCCCUGACCGGGUCGGACUCUGAGCUCCCGCUGCAGCCCGGUGGGAACGGUGCUCCCGGGGAGAGCCCUGGAGUGUUCCCGAAGAGCGAGUCCAUGGGGACUGUACCUGACCCUCUGAGGGCGGCUAAAUCGUCUCUGAUUGCAGCUGCUGGGAAAGAAGAGGAUCUGGGAGAGCUGCGGACGGCCUCGCCCCCGCACCGCCCCGCUGUCCUGUGUCAGAGCGCCAAUGGCUUUGCGGAGCCCCUGACGCAGGCUCGCGGGCAUGACAGCACCCGGCCAGACAUGCCUUCCCCUGCUGUCCUCAGUGAAGUGGAGAAAGCAUCUCCUGCGCGCAUCUCUCCUGCCGGUCCCCAGCCGCCAGCCCCGAGUCCCGCAGCAGGACAGGAUCUUGUGCAGGCGCCGCUUCCAAAGCCCGCCGGUCAGCACACCCCCCAGACCAUCGCAGGUGAUCAGGCCGGCGCCAGCCCCUCAUCGGCACCUGAACAGUCCCUGGUGGAAUCACAGAGAACCUCAAAUGAAGAGCGACCUGAGAAGCCGAGCUGUCCUGCGGGGGACACCUGCGGUAGCAGCCAAGAUCAUGCGUCCUGUGAGUUUCCUUCUCAAAAAACAGUCCCGGGAAGGGUGCAGUCUCCCAGUGCAGCAGCUGAGUUGUCCAAUCCAGUUCACUCUCCCGGAAGGGGACCUGCAGGGGAGAGGCAGGGAGCCACCUGUGACUCCGAGGCCAGGUCCUGUGAACCCCCAGCUAGAGAAGAUGGAUGCUCAGAGGACAAGCAGCCCUCUGUCACUGCCUCUGACCCCCAAGGCAUAGCUUCUGUGGCACCUCCGCCACCACCCGUCACUCGUGAAGGUUCGGCACAUCCUCCAGAGCCACAGCAGAUGUCAAGGUUCAAGGAAGCCAGUACGAUGACCAACCAAGCUGAGAGCGACAUCAAGGCAGGUCCCAGCAGGGCUCAGCAGGAUGCAGAGGUCCAGGCGGUGGCGAGUGUCCAGAGCAGAUCGGUCUCCACCAGCCCCAGCAUCCUGGCUGCGUUCUUAAAGGACAGCCCCGCUCCCGGGCGCUUUGAACAGGAGCAGCUGUGCGUCAUUUGCCAGGGCAGUGGCGCUGGGGGCCACGCGUUAGGGCUCUGUGACGGCGCGCCAGCCCCCCAGGAGUCGGCUCGGUGCCUUGGGAUCAUGCCACAGGUGCACAUUCGGGCAGCUGCAGCUGUCUCCACGUCUUGCCAGGGGGAAAGUAAACCAGCGAGCCUACCGGGCGAGGUCCUUAAAACCUCAUCCACCAACGUGGCCUCCUGUGAUGCCCAGGACACGUGGAAAGAAGAUGGGGGGUCAGCAGGAAUGACUCCGGGGAGGGAAGGACCCAGCGCCCCCCGGCUCUCGGGUACUAAUUCCAGCCCCCUGAAAGCUGGCCCCACUGGCGGGAUUUGCAUCGGUGCGGGCAGUCAAGCCGAAGCAAGUCACGCAUUGGGGAAAUCUGAGAGCGAGACACCUGAGCUUGCAGCGCAAGGCACAAACGGCCACAGAACAGACCCAGACUGCAAACCAUCCGAUUUCUGCGGCCCUGCCAGCAAAGGUGACCCGUUCGGGAGCUUGGAUCCCACUAACAAAGGAAGCGCAAGGGACAGGAAGCCCGCGUCUCCCCAGAUAGCGAAAGCACAAGGGUCUGCGGGCACCGAUGGCCUCGAGGGCAGAUCCGUGCUGCUCGAUCCCCAGGCUCAAGACAGCGGAGGCGCAGGCGCAGCUGUGAGUGCCACCCCGUCCCCAAUCAGGAAGACCCUUGAGGGCACCUUAGAGGAAGACAGGCAGCCCAAGACAGCCACCAGCCUGAGCCUGCCCCCCGACGCCGUGGGUGACUCCAGCCCGGGGUCCGGCAAGCGGACCCCUUCUCGCUCGGUCAAAGCCAGCCCCCGCAGGCCCAGCCGGGUCAGCGAGUUCCUCAAGGAGCAAAAGCUAAACGUGACCGCGGCCGCUGCCCACGUGGGACUCACCCCCGCAGAGAAGAAGAAGCAGCUCAGCGCGGAGUCCAGGCUCCAGCUCAAACAGUCCAAGCGCGUCAAGGACGUGGUGUGGGACGAGCAGGGAAUGACCUGGGAAGUGUACGGUGCGUCCCUGGACCCGGAGUCCCUGGGCAUCGCCAUCCAGAACCAUUUGCAAAGACAGAUCAGGGAACACGAGAAAUUAAUCAAAACUCAGAGCGGCCAGAGCCAGAGGUCCAUUUCCUCGGAUACUUCUUCGAAUAAGAAGCUCAAACGCAGGCAGCACCGGGUGUUCCAGUCCAUGCUGCAGAACUUCCGACGCCCCAACUGCUGCGUUCGCCCUGCCCCGUCCUCCGUGUUAGACUGAAAGCCAACGUGGGAAUACUCACGGUACUCCCGAGUCUUCAUCUGUGUCAAGGGGACCAGGAAGGAAAAGUAUUAUAAUAACUAUAGGAAAUUGCUAUUAAGAAAAAAAAAAAGUUAAGGCCUUUGACUGGAGCUCUAUAAAUAAAAAUGUCAUUUCAGUUUGAAAGAAAGAAUAAGAGAAGACAAGCAAGCUUCACGAAAGGGUUGCAACCUUAAUUAAGUGGAAAUAAUAUGCACUGGGUUUGUUUGGUUUUUUUUAUAAAUAUGGUGUUGCUUAUAGAAAUAGCAUUAUCAGUAUACGUGUGUCAUUUUGUAUUACUGCCUCAAUUUAUUAUACAAUGGUAUUUCCAUUAAAAUCCCUGGUUUAUAUUAAAAGUAGCAAAAACACUAUUAGCAAAACUACUGUUAUAAUUUCGAGUCCCGUUGCAAUAAGAAUGCUGUUAUCACACAAAAUUUAAGUAGGUGGUAAGGACCAUAAUG